CAGCUCUUAUCCAUCAACCACUGCGCGUCACUUCGAAGCCUCCACCAAGACCAAGAAGAGACCGCAACCGACGAAGUUGGAACACUUUGUCUACCAAACCCAAUUUUUGAAGCCUGAAGAAGCUACUCUGUAGCAUCUUGUCGCAAAGAUGUCGGCGACCAACAAGCAAGGCAAGAUGGCCGGUUACAUCAACUACCGGAUGCGCGUCACCUUAAAUGAUGGCCGCCAGAUGACCGGUCAGAUGCUGGCAUUCGACAAGCACAUGAAUCUCGUACUUGCCGACACCGAGGAAUUCCGCCGAACGAAGCGCAAGCAGAACAAGCCGGCAGCCCCUGGCGCGUCGUCAGCUGCCCAGGUCGUUGAGCAGGAGGAGAAGCGCACCUUGGGUUUGACGAUUGUCCGCGGUGCGCAUAUCGUGUCCCUGUCCGUCGAAUCUCCACCCCCGGCAGACCCCAGCGCGCGUCUCGGCAAGACAACCGGCGCCGGCCUCGGUUCGACGCUCACUGCCGGACCUGGUGUUGCGCGGCCUGCUGGGCGGGGUGCGGCUGCCCCGAUUUCUCUCGCGGGCCCUGCUGCUGGCGUGGGAGGCGCCGUCCCUCCUCCUCCUUUUCCGGGGGUGCCGGGCUUCCCUGGUGCCCCUGGAUUCCCUGGACGCGGCGGUCCUGCGCCCCCUGGGUUCGGCGGUCCUGCUUUCCCGCCUCCGGCUGGCUUCCCUGGUGCUCCCGGUUUCCCUCCCCCGGGAUUCACACCCGGUGGGGCACCACCGCCCGGGUUCAACCCACCGCCGCGGAGAUGAGUCCCGCUGUCUUUGGUUUACCUCACUAAUACCCGGUCACACCUCGCGGCGAGCUGCGUGAGAAGCAGGCUCAGCAAUCUGACUGCAUGAUGCAGUGCUAUAGGCAUAGACUGGAAAUCUUUACCCGGGAUCUAUGAAGAAUUGUCGGUUUUGGCGGCGUUCAGGGGUUAUGAAAACUGCGGGUAUGGGGCCGGAAUGCACCCUGUAUUCUAGCUAAGUCCUGGCUUAGAGCGGUUCUUCUCACCAUAGCUUGGAAGUGGAAUAAAUAGAAGCCUGCUACACCUGGGUGGUAAAUAAUCUCCCGUUUUGUUGUGUAUCAGUAGUAGUACCCACGAACGCCAGUUGCAUGGUCUCAGAGAGC